AUUAUAUACUACUAAACUUUCUUUCUUUCUUGUUCACAUUUGUAAGAGGARAGAGAGCUCCCCCAUUUAUUGCCACAAUGAUCUUAAGUGUUCAUCAACUCCAAUUCAUCUUUGGUCUCAUGGGUAAUAUAAUAUCCUUCAUGGUCUUCCUGGCUCCUGCGCCAACGUUUUGGACAAUUUACAAGAAGAAAACAUCGGAAGGAUUCCAAUCGAUACCUUACGUGGUGGCGCUGAUGAGCGCCGUGUUGCUGCUUUAUUAUGCUGCCAUCAAAUCCAAUGCCUAUUUGUUAAUUAGCAUCAACUCCUUUGGAUGUGUUAUAGAACUUUUCUAUAUAUCAAUCUACGUCUUCUACGCUACUAAGAGAGACAGGGUAUUCACAUUGAAGUUGUUGGUGAUAUUCAAUUUUGGGGCUUAUGGAGUAAUGCUGGCGAUAACUAUGCUUGUGUUUCAUGGGAAUAAGCGCACCAAUGCUGUUGGAUGGAUUUGUGCAGCUUUCAAUCUUGCUGUUUUUGCUUCUCCUUUGAGCAUCAUGAAGAGGGUGAUAACAACCAAAAGUGUGGAGUAUAUGCCAUUUUUUCUCUCCUUUUUUCUCACUCUUUCAGCCACCAUGUGGUUCUUCUAUGGCUUCUUUAUGAAGGAUCUAUUCAUUGCUCUUCCAAACAUCGUCGGGUUUCUACUGGGGAUGAUCCAAAUGAUAAUGUACAUGAUAUACAAAGACAAAAAGGGAAAUAAUAAAGAAGAGAAAAUUGAAGAAGGAGAUGGCCAAAGUUUCUCAAGAUCAGUGAAGAAUCAAACAGAAAGAAAGGAGAUCAAUAUGGCUGAAAGCAACAACAAUAAUAAUGCAUGAUAAUAUAUAAAGGGCUUCUUUGGAAAUGUAGUGUAAGACAAAAGGGAAACUUCAAUGAAAUAAUAGGUUAUCUUUUAAAUUCAGUUUUAUAAUACACCAUAUAUGUUUUGCAAUCAAUUCAAGUUUAUUGAUAGCUUUCUAUUUUUA